GGCAUCUAUACUCUCAGCAUUUCACCUUCCAUAGUCAACAACAAAGUGAGCGUGACAAAAUAAAAAAGUUAAAAAAAAGUCAAAACAGCAUCUCUGACUAUUAUACAACAAUAUAACCAGGAUGGAGGUAGACGAAGACCUCGAGGCGGGUCUUCUCCGGCAGUUUAACUGCAUGUUAACUACUGACAAGGAAGUCCUGGUGAAGGAAUUACAGACCCUAGUUGGUGCGCAUCUUAAUGAACAUUCUGCUCGUUUUUAUCUGGAAAUGACCGAUUGGAACUUGCAAGCUGCUGUUUGUGCAUAUUUUGACCUGCAGUCGUUCAACAAGCUUCCACAGAUGACUUUUGUUAAAGAUAUUACUAUUGGGGAAGGAGAGAGUGUUCCACCUAGUACAAGAUUCAUAAAAACGUGGCGUAUCCAGAAUCCUGGGGAAGAUGGUUGGCCUGGUGGGUGUAGCUUAAUAUUUACUGGUGGAGAACAGCUAGGCGCUCCAUCACACGUUAAUGUAUCGUCUCUUGGAGCUGGAGAAGUUGCUGAUAUAUCAGUAGAGAUGACGUCACCUUCACAAACGGGCUUAUAUUCUUCUAAAUGGCGGAUGACUACUGCUCAAGGAAAUUUUUUUGGAGAAACAAUAUGGGUGAUCGUACAAGUUGAUUCAGGUGGCACAUUAGCCUUGAUGCAGCAAAUGGUCAAUCUAAAGGAAUUAGGAUCACCUCCAUCAGCAACUCGGUCUACUCCUGCCACAACAUUCACCAACCCAUUUGCCCCAUUACACCUCGGCCAGCUUCAGAUCCAGCAGCCACCUCAGCAACAAGAACAGCAACAUCAUAUGAAUGGAAAUUUUCAAAGUCAACAACCAAGUGAAAUUUCCAUAUGUUCUCCUCUCACUCAUAGUUGUCAACAGGAUCCCGAUGGGGAUGUAGGGAUGAGUUAGUGCAAUUAUAAUUAGUGAUUUGGGCCCUUUGUAGGUUGCUCAUUUGAGCUUUGAAUUAAGUUCUAUGCUUCCAGAACCUUUGUGUGAAAAAUUCUGAAUGAACGUGUAAACUUUUUAUAUUGUAAAGAAUUAGAUACUGGUGACCAUGUUUUCUAUUUGCCAGUCUUUUUUUAAGUUAAAUUGAUAAAUUGUAAUAGGUUAGAUUCUAUCAAGUGGACAUACCACUUCCUAAAUUUAAUGCACAAAUUUUAAGAUGGGUGGUAGACAUUGGGAUAUUAUAACCGUCAUGUGGGUUCUGGUUACAUAGGCAUAAUAAAAUGCUCUGUUGCUUAUUUAAGCAAAAAAUACUACUGUGAUUUCACCCACUCAUGCCUGAAUGAUGUAUGAUAGAAACAAACUGAAUGACUGAAAAUACACUUCAUUUAAAAUUAUAUGAAGGUGUUGGUUUGAGAACUGGGAGAUAUACACAAGAUGGUGAAGGGGAACAUUAUCAGGUGGGUUGAGCCAGUGCAUCGAGUUAGAGUUUACAGAGGUGUAGACUCCACAACUCGUCCAGUUAUUUGCAAAUAUAGAUAUAUCAAAUUUUUAAAUCUAUAAAGAGUUUACAUAUAAACUAUUAGCUUUAAGUUGUAAGAGUAUUUCUAACUGGGAAGGAAACCUAUGACGGGAGUUUUACAAAAUGAUACAUUGUAGACAAGAAGCCCCAAGUUGAUUGGGGCUUCUAUAAAAAAAAAAAUCUAUAAAGAGUUUACAUUUAAACUAUUAGCUUUAAGUUGUAAGAGUAUUUCUAACUGUGAAGGAAACCUAUGAUGGGAGUUUUACAAAAUGAUACAUUGUAGACAAGAAGCCCCAAGUUGAUUUAAAUGUUCUUUAAUUCUUUUUAAAUGUUCAUUUUAUAUUUUGAUGUCCAUAUUUAAUGUAUGAAUUGUUGUUCAUGCUUUAUGUGGGUUUUAGGCAAUGGUCACUUUGUUGGGAAGUGCAUGAGAGGUUGGUAGUGGUUUAUUCCUGAAGUGUUUACAGACUUUUAAAAUGCUAAUAUGGUUUAUCGGGAUUGUAUGGAUGCGAGUAAGAGUCAUUUUAAUUCCUUUUAAUAAAUUUUAUUGAGUUUUGCACAUUACAUGCCUAAGGUAAGGCAGCUUCUAUGAAGUAGUUACAAAUAAUUUAGGUACAAUACGUUGUGUAUCUAAUGUUUACAUACAUAUUUUACAUAAUUUUUGGGCUUUUAACUUUCUAUUAAAAGGAUUUUCUUCACUCUGUCUUCCCUUUCAUUCUUAUUCUCUUAUGGUAGUUUGACUCUUUUCAGCUUUGCAUAUAUAUUUGUUUUGUUUUUAUAUGAUUAUAUGCUAAUUCUUUCUUUACCAGCCUUUCUUUCUACCAUCCAGCCCAACCACUUGGACUAGACGGUAGAGCAACAGUCUCCCUUCAUGCAGGUCGGCGUUCAAUCCCCGACCGUCCAUAAGUGGUUGGGCACCAUUCCUUUCCCCCAUCUCAUCCCAAACCCUUAUCCUGACCCCUUCCCAGUGCUAUACUCUAUAGCCGUAAUGGCUUGGCGCUUUCUCCUGAUAGUUCCCGUUCCUUUUUCAAGAAAAUAGUUUUGAUUAUGCUUUAAAUAUCUUCUUUUUUCCUUAAUCUCUUAACAGUUAUGUACUUAUUUUUAAUGCAAUUACUAAAAUCCAAGAUAUUCUUAUCAAGUCUGGUCACAAAUUUUCUAACAUUUUUGUAAUGAUUGCAUGUUCACAGAUAUCAGUACAGUACUGUAGUACUGUACAUAUUAGAUCUAAUUUUGUUACUUUUUCAGUAGCUAUCUGAGACCCAUACUGACCUACUGACAGCCAGGACCAGAAUCUGACAAUCUCUAUGAGGGUAGGGGUGCUUGGGUAUUGAGAGUUACUAGUAAUAUAGAAAUACUGACUUGAAAGUCAGAUGAAACUAACCACUUCUAUAAAGAAAAAAAUUAAGAUGAAAAUAAGACAAUUGAAAGAUUUGUUUACCUUGUUUAUAUAUACUAGUUGGAUCAUGAUAAAUCUUCCACCCCUGUUCAGAGCUGGAUUUUGCUGCUUACAGCUUUCCAGGAUCUAUUUUGCUGUUCUUGAACUCCAGUUGUAAUUCCUGCUUGCUCCAUCAUUUUGCUUGUUGUAUACAGGACUGCUGCCGUUGCUGGCAACCUGGCAGGCUGAUUUCUUCUUGUGAGUCAGUACUUUGUGGUAUUGGCAUUUGUUUUCCUGGUGCAUUUCUGAGUCCCUGUCCAUGGUUAGGAAACACGUCCCCUCUGCAGGUUUCUGCUGUCUCGUGUACCUCCAUAUCUUGAUCGGUGGGGGUUUAAUUCUGGUCCUACUUUGGUGGAACUUUUCUCAUGUGCCAGGCUUGGAUCUAAUUUUGUUUUCUUUUUUUUUUGCCUUAAGAAGCAGCUUGAUCUUUAUGCUCUCCAUAUUCAUACUGAUGGUGGUGUUGUUCUUGGCAUAUUAGCCUUUUUCCGUCCCUGGUGGUUGUUGCUGGACUUGUUCCACUAUGUAUGUGUUGUAAUUACAUAAGUGUAGUUACAGGAUGAGAGCUAUGCUUAUGGUGUCCCGUCUUCCCAGCACUCUUUAUCAUAUAACGCUUUAAAACUACUGACGGUUUUGGCCUCCACCACCUUUUUACCUAACUUGUUCCAUCCGUCUACCACAAUAUUUGCAAAAGUAAAUUUUCUUAUAUUUCUUGGGCAUCUUUGUUAAGUUAGUUUAAAUCUGUGACCUUUUGUUCUUGAAGUGCCAGGUCUCAGGAAUUCUUCCCUAUCAAUUUUAUCAAUUCUUGUUAGUAUUUUGUAUGUAGUGAUCAUAUCGCUUCUUUUUCUUCCAUCUUCUAGUUUUGGCAUAUUUAAUGCCUAUAACCUCUCCUCGUAGCUCUUGGCCUUCUGUUCCUGGAGCCACUUAAGGUUCAUGUCUUUGCACCUUUUCCAGUUUGUUAAUGUGCUGCUUCAGAUAUGGGCACCAUACAACAGCUGCAUAUUCCAACUCUUUUAAUGCUUGUUUUGGUGCUCAAGUUCUCUCCUGCAUUCUGGUUGUAAUAAGUUGUUCUAGAUUCUAAGUACCACGUGUUUUUGUGUUUCUCUUCUCCUAUUCUCUGCUGGGAAGUCUUUUCUUUGCCAGUUCAGAGGUUCUGCCUUUGGUGGUGGCAUUUUCAUGGGGUCUCCUUGAUGACUUUUUGCUUCCUUCAGUUUCCUGUGGAGGCCUCCUGCUAGGUUCUGAGUUCUUUUCUCUCACUAUUGAGGUGAAAGGUUUACUCUUGGUCAUCUGGCCUUCGAGCUUUGCUCUUCUUGGUUUCAGCCUAAAAGUAUGCUUCCCCCCAUAAUGAGUUUGUUGGUUGCAGGUACCAAUUCUUGAUUUUUCUUUUGCAGAUGAAACGGAUUUUUAUGAGAGUUGUGACAAUAUAGAGGACACAACAAACCUCCAAACUGAUGUAAAUCAGGUCUUUCAACGGGCCACAGAAAAAGUGUUUAAUGAAGAUAAGCUCCCAUUCCAAUACUAUAGAAAAACAAAAAUAUUAAACCAGAAACCACAUAAAAUGUAGUCAAAUCACACUGUAGAAUGAAAAAGCAAUAUUAAAGUUUUUUGAAUAGUUAUGUUGGAAGACAUAAACACAAUAAACACAAUCUUUUAAACACAAUAACGUAGCUGUGACAGCUGCAAAAAAAAUAAUAAAUAAUAAUAAUAAAAAAUAAUAGUUUGGAUAACAAGAACCUUGUAAAUAAGAAAUGGCGGACAGAUGAUGAUAUGAUACAGUACUCUAUAAAACACUAGUGCUCUCUAAGGUGGAUUAUUGUUGCACAAUAACAGCCCAUUCAUAGCUGGAGAAAUUGCUGACUUGGAGAUUCUGUAAAGAUGUUUUACUACUUGCAUCCACUCAAUAAAACAUCUAAAUUAUUGGAACUGCUUAAAGUUGUUAAAUCUGCUUUCUCUAGAGCAGAAGUGAGAGAUAUAUAAUAAUUUGCAUUUAGAAAAUGUUAAGAGGGACUGGUUUAGAUCUUUAAUCCCCCAAGCACUCCUCAUCUCGGAGAGAGAGCGAGCCAGAUUUUAGUCCUGGCUCCCAAUAGGUCAGCGGACAUCCGAGAGACCUGGCACUAUCCUUAGGUUUAGCAGUACCAGUGCUACUGAGGGCCAAUCAGAAAAGCGUGUUUCAUUACAUUCAACACUGGAUUGUUGUUGACUUUGUUGAAAUAUUGCAAAGAGAAUGUUGCUGUGAAAAAGUCGACAUAGAGUGUAUAAGGUACAUCUUGUGUGGAAGUGCUGCUAAUAUAAAUGUGAAUAAACAAAAAUUAUUAAUGUGUUAAAAUUAUUAUUUUUAUUUAGAAUUUCCAAAACUGGUUACAGUAUUCUUAAAUUAAGCUAUGUUUUCCUAUUGCUGUUGUACUUUUUUUUUUUUUUAACUUUUGAGACAUUUUCAUCUGUGCCAUUAUUUUGUAUUGAUUUGUGUAGGUUGCACCUGCUUAUUUGACAUAUAUUCCUAAGAAAGAAAUAUGUAAAACUUAAAAAAAAAAAAAGUGUUAAAAUAUUAUUGUUGAAUCUCUUACUGUGUGAAAGUGUGGCGUUAGUGUAUAACAGAAAUGCUUAAGGAAUAUUCUACAUUGAUCAAUCAUUUCUAUCAACAGAAAAGGCUAGGCUAUACUCUUGAAAACAAAAAUAUUUUUUUUUUUGUAACUGCUCAUGUCCUAUAAUAAUUUAACACUGUCACUGCAAAAUACUUUUAUCUUUCUAUGUUAUAUUUCAAACUUACAGAUAUUUUUCAUAAAUAUUAUUUUUACAUUAAGGCCUGGAUUGUUUUGAUUGUACCAAUUUCCAUCACAUUGUGGUAUUGCCUUUACACUAAUAUUUGUCUAUGUCCUUUACUUCUCUGUUGGACAGGAAAAUUUAAAUGGUUUAUGUAUUGAGCACAAUUGGGAAGUAUUUAUAGCUACACAAACUUUUUCAUAAAUAAGGGGUAGAGGGUAAUCGUCAUUGUCCAUUAUGAUUAAUCUGGAAAGCAAUUUGUGGUUCACUUCCUACUCUGGAAUUUGGUUUACACAAUAACUUAAUGGAAUUUUUUGUUAUGUGUAUUUCUCAAGAACCUUUAAAUUGGUUAGCAUUCACAAAUUAUACCUAUUAUUAUUUGGGUAAGGCAACUCUGGGUUUGUACAAUAACAUUAUUUGAAAACCUAUAGAGUAUACACCUGCUGCUAAUGCACUGACUUACGGAAUGUGGUGUAUCUUGCAGGUUUUAGGGCUCCUACCCUCGACCCUGGAUGAGUUUGAAUGGAUCCCCGUACACAGGUGUAAAGUUUUUUAUACCGUAAAUGUUAAAAGCAAUUGGUUUAGAAAUCCAAUCGAGUAUGCGUGUGAAAAAGCAUGAAUUUAAAUUAAUUGCUGUAUAAUAUAUUUGAUAUUUCUUCCAUAAUAUUUGUAUCAGACUUAAGUAGAACUACUUAUGAAUGGGCAGAUACAAAGGUGAAAAUUAGUACUGUAUGCCCUUGAUACUGUAGAGAAAAAAGUUUUUGUCCUUUGGGCAGGUGUAAAUGCUUAUCAUAGGGAUUAUUUUUUAGAACCAAUAUUGGCACAUAAUAUCUUUGAGGUUGGGUAUCUCAGGUGUAUCCAAAGAAUAUUCUUUAAUAAAAGAUAGAGCAUU